AUGGCCAAACGAGAAUUAUAUUACACGGAAUCAUCAUCAUCCAGACAAGUACACUUGUCCACAAUGAUGACAACCAAGAACUCGUACCACGGUUCGGAUCUUUCAUGCGAUGAUAAUGGAGAUUCUCUGAUGUGUACCUCACCACCAACCUCUCCAAGCCUCCUCGUUGAACACUAUGUAAAUCAUCAAAAGUUGAUGAUGAAGAACCAGAAGAAUAAUACCAACAAGGUGAAUACUACUGGCUCUUUCCCAGUUCAGCCACGAGAAAUCUUGGCUGAUAUUACUCCACAAGUGGUAGCUGCCAGUACUUCACGAUUGAAUGGACAAGGAGCCUCUCUUACAAGUACCACCACCAUCAAUACAUGCUUGAAAGCAACAACCAAUAAGAAUUAUCAUGUAUUACAACAAGGACAAUCCAUGCAUAUGACUAGUCGAACCGGCUCCUCUCACUACUACCACCAUUCAUUACCUUCUACCUCUACUUUUCCCCACAACGAAAUGGCACUGAGCUAUUCCAGUAAUAAUGCUACAAGCAAUACCAACUACACCCACAACUACUCUGCCACUGGUAAGACAAACGCAGCAGUAUACAAUCAUGUGGGACAUUAUUCAACAUGCUGUCAAAAGACUGCUUCCAAAGAACCACAAGUUUUCUCUCCCUCAGUCGCUUCUCCUGUUCUUGACUUUGGUGAAUUUCAAAUGAUGCAAGAUGACGAUGAUGAACAAGACAAUGAAGAACCACAACUCAAUGACCAAGACGGAGACUAUCUUUUUUGUAAAGAUGUCGACGAACAAGUUGAUACCAGCGAUGAUGAUUAUUCUCAACACUAUUUCACCUCGAGUCAAGAUAACUACCCAAUUAAACGUGAAGCACAAUCCACCUCCACAGCUUCUCACCAUCACGUUACAUUCAACAAUAAUACAAUGAAUUCGAGUUCGUCAACCAAUUCCAAUCAAACUCAACGCGAUCCAGAUCUCCUAGACGCUCACGAUCGAAUGAGAUUGAAACAAGCCCUGGACAACAAUGUUGACCAUCCAGUGAAUUUACUUCCCAAGUUCAACUCAAAGAAUCAAGUUGACACUCUUGGUCGUAUUCCUGUCGAGGUAGAACAAGAUGUUCUCACCUAUCUAUUCGAGAAUGAAAACAGAAAACAACCUUCCCUCGAUGCUCUCAGAUCCACACAAACCAUCGUUACUCCUGAUAUGCUCUCCAUGCUCAUUGAAUGGCUUGCUGGAAUUUGUGUCGGCUUUAAGCUUCGACCAGAGACUUAUUACAGCUCUGUGAACAUUUUGGACCGGUUCCUUUGCCAGUACAGAGUGGAGAGCACCAAAUUUUUACAGGGCAUUGGUUUGGCAAGCUUACUCGUAGCUGCCAAGUUUUGCGAGAUUACAUGCCCUCCACUCAAACAAUUACUCUUUGCAGCAGACAAUUUUUACACUCGUCGUGCAAUUUUGGAUUGGGAGAGUGAAAUUUGCAAUAUUCUCGACUUUGAAUUUUGCACUGUCCAUGCAUUUGACUUUAUUGAAAAGUUCUUGGAAAUUUGUGGCUAUGCCAAAUGUGAUCAGGUUCGAAUGCUCGCCUAUUUCAUUUGUGAAUUGCAACUCCAAAAUUUCAACACUCUACAAUUCCAGAGACACACUGUUGCCAUAUGCUCCAUUAUUAUUGCUCUUCACAUGUUCCAACAACCCUUUCUCACUCCCAAUGUGUUAUAUUGUGUGAGAUUAUCUGAAAGCUUCUUUGCACACGCAAAUGGUUCUCUAACAAGCGACGAUUUGCAACUUUUGGAAACUACCAACAGGUGUCUCUUGACCAUGUUCAACUUUUAUAUUGGCAUGAUAUCAGGACAUAUCAAGUACCACUUUGUUGUCGAUAAAUACAGCAAAGAUUCCUUCAUGAACGUUGCCACAUGGUUCUUAACCAAUGAUAAUAUCAACAACAUUCCUCCACAAAUUAAUCUUCACUGCAGCAGUAAUGUUACCACACGCAACUUGUAG